AUGUCCAACGACGCCUCCAAGGACGCGCCGAAGUUCAGCUUCGGCGGCGCCAGUUCGGGAUCCAUCUUCGGAGGAGCAAACACCAACACCUCCAGCGGCAGCGUGUUCGGAAACAGCACGGGUAACAAACCUGGUGCCAGCGGUGGCCUCUUUGGCGCGAGCGCCGGCCAAGGCUCAUCCGGCACGACGGGCAGCUCAGGAACCAGCUUGUUUGGCGGCGCACCGGCCGCCUCCGGCGCAUCCCAGCCAUCACUCUUUGGUGGAGCUGCUGCUGGUGGUGGCAGUGGCAGCGGUACCAGCAGUGGCACCGGCCUAUUUGGCGGUGGGAGCAGCUCUCCAUUCAAGACUGGCACCACCACACCUGGCCCUGGUCCUUCUACUACCCCCGCAAAGCCCUCGUUCUCCUUUGCCGGUUCGACAACUCCGGCUGGCCCACCUCCUGCAAGCUCCACUGGGGGCUUUUCCUUCAACAACCAAACCUCUGCACCGUCUGCUUCCGGUACUACUUCGACGUCCAGCCCUUUCUCACUCGGUGGAGGCAGCAGCGCCGCCAGCAAGCCUUCAGGUGGCUUGUUUGGUGGCCUUGGAGGUUCGGCGAGCAGCGGUACCCAAUCCACUCCAGCCACAGCCGCACCCAGUGCUUCGACGCCGGCACAGAACCAAACCGGCGGAGGUCUGUUCAACAUGGGAGGGUCUACGGGCAAUAAACCUGCGUUCAACAUUGGUGGCGCUCCGUCCUCUUCCCAGCCGGCACAGUCUCAAGAUGCAGCCAAGCCGGCAGGUUCUGCUUUGUUCAGCCUGGGUUCCUCGACUGGCAACAAGCCCUCCUCGCCCUUUACUCUCGGUGGAGCUUCUUCGGGUCAACCUACGUCUGGGACGCCGGCAGCCUCUUCUCCAUUCACCUUAGGUGGUGGUGGCUCUCAGCCUGCAAGCUCAGCAUCUGCGGCAGCGACCACUUCGACCGCUUCCGACAAGCCGAGUAUUUUCAGCCCUGGUGCUACUGCGCCCGCUACCGGUGGCCUCUUUGGCGGCGGCGCCAAGGACAGCAACAAAGAAACAUCUUCCGCUGGCGCAGCCGCACCUCAGACUCCUGCUACCUCCGGUGGAUUUAGCAUGUUCAACAAGCCUACCGAGACACCUGCUUCUACAGGCGCUAGUCAGGCGACACCAGCUGCACCGACUCCUGCAGCCUCGAGCGCCUUCAAGUUAGGCGGCACUGUACCAGCUCAGAGCUCUGGCACCUCACAAUCUUCGACCACGGCGACUGCCGCUCCCACUUUCAGCCUGGGUUCCACCACGGGCCAACCCUCAAGCACCUCUACUACACAGGCCGCGACCACGACUACCUCUGCGGCAGCCUCUACCCCAGCCCCUGCUGCGGCAGGAAAUGCCAAUCUGGGGGCAUCUACCAUUGGCCAGCCGCCAAGUGCUCAGUCUCGUCUCAAGAACAAGUCUAUGGAUGAGAUCAUCACGCGCUGGGCAACUGACCUCUCAAAGUAUCAGAAGAGCUUCCAGGGCCAGGCGAAGCAAGUUGCGGAAUGGGACCGCAUGCUUGUGGAAAACAGUGAUAAGAUUUCCAAACUCUACAGCAAGACUUUCCAAGCCCGCAAGGACACUGAAGAGGUGGAGCGGCAGCUAACGGCUGUUGAGAAUGAUCAGGCUGAGCUGUCCAGGUGGUUGGACAAUUACGAGAAGGAGGUCGAUGAUUUGAUGGACAAGAUGGUUGGUGGUCAGGACGGUCUUCAGGGACCGGAUCAAGAGAGGGAGAGAACGUACAAGCUUGCGGAGAAGCUCUCUGAUCGUCUGAAUGACCUGAACAAGGACUUGUCCGAUAUGAUUGAGGAGAUCAACAGCGUCUCUGCAACGCUCAGCAAGACAGACAAGCCUGACGACCCGCUUUCUCAGGUUGUCCGCGUCCUCAACAACCAUCUCUCGCAGCUCCAGGCCAUCGACUCUGGCGCUGCCGAGCUCCAUGAAAAGGUUACCAAGGCACAGAAGGAGGCCCAGAGUUACCGAGUCAAUGGUCAAGCUCUCCUUGGCAAUGACGCUGCUGACGACUUCUAUCGGUCUUUCAUGGGCCGCCGUUGA